GUCAUGUCCUUACAUUAUCUAUUUCUCAAGUGAUAUUCUCUUAAAAUGGCCGGGCUAGGUAAAUCAACAUGGCUCGGACAAAAAAACAAACAUUAGAAAAUGCAUCUGAACGCAAAAGACAGAUUCAAGAAGAAAUUUUCCGUGAGACUUUAGCAGCAAAACAGACUAAAGAACAUUCCUUAGAAGCAAACCAGGGAAAGAACAGUUUACCAGAAGAAAAGAUACCUGAAUCUUUAUCAAAAACUAGCUUGCCUGCUGAGAAAUCAGAGACUAAAAGUGCAGAAAUGGAUACUUCUUUAGAUCACAGCUCAGCUACUGAGGAAGCUAGCCAAUCUGAUUCUUCAAUAAACCGAACACAUAAUUCACCAGUCAGUUCUUCCAAAUACGAAUCAUCAUUUUCAGGAGAUUUUCCUAAGGCAAUAAUAUGUAUUCCAGAUAUUUAUAAGACUCCAGUUAAGUGUAGUGGAGAAGAAGAGCAGUUCCAUACCUCAAAAAAAUCAGACUCUGGUGGGGAAUCUAGUUCAUUUGAAACACCCAAAGCAGACAACUCUAAUGCAACAACUCCAUUAACUAAGAGUGUAAGAGAGCCUGCUUGUAGAAAACUUUCCUCUAACGAUGUCAGUGCUUCAUUGAAAUCUUUGAAAGCAGUGUCUGAGAAAGUCAGGGAAGAGAAAAGUAAAAGGACACGUCUUCAGUCAUCUCCCUUGUCUCAGAAAACACCUGAAAGCAGCCCUGGGCGUCGUUCUCCAAGACAGCAUUCACCAGUGACAAGUGCUUCGACCCAUCAAAUAAGUCCUAAGGGAGCUCACCCUGUAGGCUCACCUGCUGAUGAUAAACCAAAAAUUAAUAUUUUUGCUGAAAAUUUGAGUGGUGAUUUGGGUAAGCGGGUUCGUUCUCCUCGUAGACUAAGUCAGGAUAUGAUAGCUCUUCCUAUUUACUCUGCUCCAAAGUCCUCACAAUUAAGAAAACUCAAGCCUUGCAUUUCCAAAGAAUCGCUGAAAUUUUUCAAAGCUGGUAAUGAUGAGGAGAAUAUAAAAAAAUGUGAAAUAAUAGAGACAUCAAAAUGUGAAAGAUUAAAAUCUAAUUCAGACCACGAAAAAAGUGGUAACUCUGAAAUAUCUUGCUCAAAGGAAAUAAAAUGUGAGAUUGAUGGUUGUGACUAUGACAAUUCACAAAAUAAUCUUGUGACAUCAACUAUGGCUUCUUCUAAAGUUGCAGGAUCAACUAAUUCCUUGAUCAGUUUUCCAUUAAGUAAACAGUGUGCAAUAAGUAAUGAUGGAUCUAAUUUCAAAUCACAACCAUCUCUGCUGUGUGCUAUGUUGGUUGGUGGUACGGAAGUUGCAAAUACAUACACUCAGGAUCGUGAUAAGUUUAAGCCUAGUAGAGCUGAAAUAUCAGACAAUGAGUCUACCCCACCUUCUGUGAGUAGCUCACAGGAGGGGAAUAGUUCUCAAUAUUUAGACAAGUCCAAAUCCGAAGGUGCAAUUGAACAAGAUACUAGACUUGGUUGCACAAAAUCUAGCUGUGAUUCUCUAAAUAUGGAUAGCUGCAACAAUUCUGAGGAUGGUGAUAAUAUAGUGAAAAAUGAAGAAAAAUUUUCUAUAAAGUCUGAAAUUCAAAAUAGAAGAACCAAAGUAAAAAAUAAAAGAGCUAAUAUAGAUUUCCUAUCCAAGUUAAAAAAGAUAAAUGAGAAUGUGUUAAAAUUAUUGGACAUCGAUGUUUCAGAUGAUUUUCUGCUUUCCCUACCUCCCAGUGAUACAUCUCUUGAGGCUGGCUCUAAUCUUUCUGGGUCUGAUGAUUUGCCGGAAAACAAAAAAGGAUUGUAUGAAUUAAUAUCCAACUUGGUUAGUAGAUUGAAGGAAUCAAAAGAUGUGAUACCAUAUUCCACACCUGUUGAUAUGGAACUUGUAGAAAAAUUGCUUGUCUCAUGUCCAAAGUCUCCCCCCAGUGUUGUUUCCAAGCUGGACAACAGGAUGCAGCAUAUAGAGAAAAGAUUAGAAGAAGAAAUGCUCAAAUUAACCAACCCAGCAGCUGGAAUUAAAGAGGGGGUUUUGGUUGGUGAUGAUGCCACAAAGGUUGAUGAACCACUACAUAAAGAUGAAAGUGUCACAAACUGCUCAGGUUUCUGUAAUGUGCCUUCCAAUGCUACUACUCCCUCUUCUAGUCUGAAUGAAAGUUUGUGUGAGCUUGAUGUUGAUGCCAUUACUAAAGCAGCCACAAGUGUGGUACUGGACUGUACAACUCAGGAGAAAAGUAAUAUAUCUGAGGAAGAGACUUGUGUGAAAGCAAGUGAAUCUAGUCCGCAAGCUAAUGUUGAAGAAGAUUCUUUAUCGGUAAUGUCUGAGAGUGAAGUAUCACAAAAACGCUCAUUCACUAAAUCAAAAACUUUUGAUGAUAUUCAUCAAAAUGAGAAUUCUCGUAAUAGUAUCAGUCUCAGGAGGGUAAAUAGUAGUCCUCAAAUGAAUGUAAAAGCUGCAGCUUCUGUGUCGUCACCUAGCACAUCCAUGCAAAAUGUCACUAAAGAUGCACACGUCAAGUCAAAAUUAGGCAGCAAAAUACCCAUUCCAGGCACAAGUUAUACCAGCAGAGCAUUGAAAAAAACAUGGAGAGUUCCAAGGGCUAUUUUAGAACCCAAACCUUUAUCAAUACUUUCUGAGCUAGAGGCUUCAUCACAGUCAAAAAAUGUUUUCAUUUGUCCAAAGCUUCAACAAUAUUUAAGUGUUCCGUCCAACAGAAUCAUAGUACCAUCUAAUAAAAGAGAAGAAAUGCUUGCCAUAGAUGCAAAAGCUUUGGAAGAAGAGGAAAAAAGACGAAAAAAGAUGGAAGAAAAGGAAGAGAAAGAGAAAAAAAUAGAAGAUGAACUUAACAUUGAGUUUUCAAAAUAUGAACCUGAUUUUGAUGAAAUAGAAGGCAUGCUUUUUAUGUCUUUCGCUAAUGAAGUAGAACUUAAAGCCCAUAUAAAAGUUGAGAAAGCAUUAGAGUGGGAUAAAGAUGAUACAAUGUUGAGAAUUUCAAGAGCCAAGGCAUUUGAAGAAGCUAAGGCUCAUAAUGAAGAUAUGGGAGACUUUAAGUUGAAACAUCUACGAGGACAACACAUGCGGUGGAAAAAAUAUCGCCGUCUGUACACUGAUGAGGUCAGUAACAGUUACAAUCCAAAUAGAAAAGAAAUUAGUUUGAAAACAAUAAGCCCACCUAAGAAGACAUCAGAUGUAUCAAAAAUUAAAGGAUGGAAAAGGAAGCAGUUUGUAACACCAGGUAUUGACCAGAAGGAGAAUCUAAGUGAAUAUCCUGACUCAAGUUACAGUUAUAAUGAAGAUAUGAAGGAUUAUUGCAGUCCUGAAUUUGAUAAUAUUUCUAUGAUAGUUAGAGAAGAGACAGGUGAAGAUAAAAGCAAAGAGGUGGUUUCAACACGUUCUAAAAGAAGACAAGGCUUUAGCCACCAGAAAGAGCAUAAGCAGUUGUUUAGAGAGCUGAGAAUGGAUUGGGAAGAUAGAAUGAUACACCGUAAAUUAGGUGGCUGGUCUCUCAAGGGAAACAGACCAAAAGAAUUUUCAACUGCUGCUAAAAAACGCCAGCAGAAAAAAAGUAAGGCGGUUGGUGACAAUAGUUCACAAGACCUGAAAGAUACCAGCAUGGAUGUUAGCUGCAUUGAAGAAAAUGAUGGUGGGGCUGAAGGCAAAGAUUUUGAUACAUCUUCAUUGCUUGCUGAGGGUAGAGAUUUAGAUGACACUGGAGAUUUGCUUGACGUCAAAGGCUGUUUGGAUGCCAGAGAGGCUUUUGAAAUGUCAAAGAAGAAGAAAAUUGUCAAGCUGAUAUACCCUUUGUUAACAGAGAGAAUGGCCCGAAAUGCAUUGAAAACUUUACAAAUUGGAGAUGUUAGUAGACCUGUACGCAAGAGAAGUAAAAGGCCUUCAAGAUCUAGACAGCGCUUUAACAACAUUCCUGCACUAACACCAAUACUUUUACCGAGUACCCCACCAGUAUUGGGCUUUACUGGCAACAAAGCUGACACCCCACUCAGUAUAGUGGCUACUGCUGGAUCAUCCCCAUCAUCUUGUUUAUCUACUCCAUCUCAGCUCAGUAUGACCCCCAUGUCUUCAUCAGUCUCCACAGCUACCACACCAUUAGCUUUAGAUUUGAGAGAAGAACCAGUGAUGGAGGGUGUAGAAAUUGCCACUGAUAACAUCUCUAGUCCAUCCAUAGCAGAUUCAUCAUCUGUCAAAUCUUGCAGCAAACCAGGUUGUCGAUAUGGCUGUAUUUGUCACCUAUGUUCAGUGAAUGAAGGCUCUGCUCCACCCUCUAGUCCGAAGGCUAAAUCAUGUGACAAAGAGUACUGUCGUCUUGGCUGCAUCUGUGACAGCCUAGAUCCUGAAAAACCUAUUCCUAAUUCACCACACUGUGGUAAACCAUCUUGCAUGCUGCAGUGUGUUUGCUCUGAAACAGAAAGUCAGUAUGGCAAUGAUGAUAUUCCUUAUCUCCCUUCCAUGAGAAAACGACCAAAACCAGCUAAGGUUGGAGAGCGUUUUUCUAAUUUACCCCAGCGUGAGAAAACACACAGAUCAGCUAAAAAUGUGGAUGCUAUCACAAGAAAGGCAAUGAUGCUGUAUGAAACCAGUGAGAUUUAUUGUGAAAAAGUUGACAGAGUGAAGAAAAAGCCUGACAGUUCAAGUCCAACUGGAACACCUGUGGCCAAUCUCUCCCAGUCAUCUGUUUUUAUGGCCAAUGGUAAACAUGCAUCAUCUGAAUUUGAAAUUGUCACAGAAACUAAUGAUGUAGAUAGUGAUGAAGUCAUGUUCACUGGAGUUCAGUUUCCAGCAAUGGAAGCAAGAUCAUUGCUUUAUCAAGAUUUUAAAGGAGAAAGCAGGACUAAUGUUCAACUACCUCAAACUCGUGUGCAAGGUGUUACUGGAGUUCCUAUUGAAUUUAAUGAUACCAUCCAAACACUUCCAAAUAUGGAACCUUCUGCACAUAAGAGAAAGAGAAAAAGUCAUCCACUAUCAAAUGAAAUUUUCUCAUCUUCCUCGUGUGCUAGAACACAACCCUUCAAACCUCAAACCAUGAAGGAAAAACCUGGUGACAAAACAGAAGAGACUCCUUCUAAGAUAGCACAAAUUGAAGAGACUCCUUCUAAGAUAGCACAAACAAAGUCUUCCAGUUUAACACAUGCUACCCCAGAAGAUAAGAUGUCAAUUGAAAAUGUUGAUGUAGAUAAUUCAACACAGUCAAAUCUUCCCAAAAUUGUAUCAGUGAGAACUCAGAAUGCCAAAGAGUUUCUUUCAUCUGGAUCUUUAUGGGAACAGGUGGAUUCAAGCUCUCAGCGCAGAUUAUCCGGUGAAUUUAAUAGUCAGUCUGUGAAUAAGUUAGCAGAUUCUGGGAAUUCAAAGUCUUUGUCCAGUUUGCCGCCAGGAGCUAUCAAGUGCAACAGUGCUCCUGGACACUUUCGUCAAAACCAUGGUUGGCAGACAUCUAUGGUGUGCCUUAAAGCCAGAGCUCCUCCACCUCCAUCAAAUGUCAGUGAGGAAGAUGUACUGGAGGAAGAUGAGGUGAAACUGCUGGAAUUUGCUGCCAAUUGUAAUUGGGAAGGUGCCAAAAAAGAAAUUUUAAGUAAAGUUGCACAGUGCUUAACAAGGGGACAAUACCCACAGCCAAGAACCAUGAAUGUCUGUGAGUUUGUUGUUGAAAUCUUACCAAAAGCACAUCAACCGAGUGUUAUACCUGCUGAACUACGAUCUAAGCUUCCAGGACAGAUGUAUUCAAUUAGAGUGCGUGUAACUCGAAGAGAAAUUGUCAAAAAAGAGGAUACAAAUUCUGCAUCCCAGAUCAUCGACCUAAGUGAGACAUCCCCUAUAAAAAUGGCUAAUCUACCCACACCUAGAGUGCAACAUGCAAUAUCUCUUGUCAAAAAUCGAAAUGACAUUGCCUCAUUAUUAGACAAACAGAAGCAGUUAAUGGUUUCAGAUACUAAGGUAUCCCCUGAACACAGAACCACAUCUUCUGUAGGUAUUUCAGGUUUGGGUAACCUUUACAUCAACUCAAAUACUGCAGGACAGCAGAACACCUAUGUUUCAUGCACUACAGAGGUGCAACUCAAACCUAAAAUAAUAAGUGUUGACAGUCAAGACCAGCUGCCCACAAGCACAAAGAAACUCAAUGUUAAAGCUAGACCCCAAACUUUCAUGAAGGUUUGCACGAGUCCAUCAUCAAAAGAAAGUGUGAUAACAGUUUCAAGCAGCAGUGACCUGAAGAUGGCAACUAGUUCAGCUAACCUUGUCACCACCCCUGCUAUCACUGCAAAUAAAAGGCGGACAAAUAAACUAAAAAAAUCCCCUGUCAAACAGACCGUAACACAGGUGAUUGUUUACCCUAAAAACUUACCAGUACAGUGCUUGGAAAUUCCAGGAGAAAAGGGGAUGAUGAAAGUUUUUAUGGGCCAAGAAGCCAACAAAAAACUCAUUGCAGUCCCAGUUCCUGCUUCAGAAAAAGAUAUACUAUCCAAAGCAGAUGGUAGCUCUGUAGUUAUUGUUCCAGUAAGUGGCGCUAGCCAAAGUAAACUUCUCCCUAUCUUAAAAGGCCCCCAGUCAGUCUCUGCCCAAAACAAGUUGAGGGCAGUGUCACCCCGACAGUGGUUGGCUACACCCCCCACCUCACUGCUGAAUCUCCCUGCUCAUAAAGUUUCUACACCUUCUUUGCCAGCUAGCACUAAACAAGCAGAUUACAUUACAGUCUCAGCUGAUGCUGUCAAGAAAUAUAAAGCAACUUCCAGUACCAAAGUGUUGAAUAGCAGUGAUGAAAUGAUAAUGGUUUUUGAUGCAGCUCACAUUAAAGCAUCACAGCUGGCCAGAAAUGCCUCCCUACUGAACACACCGAAAGAAAGAAUACAAAUAGUUUACCCAGACAAGCAGGUAAUAAAUCCGCCACCAGUCUCUAGAGAUCAUAUCCUGGUACAACCUACAACCUCAAAGUUUCCCCAUCAGUCACUAAUAGAUGCUCCAAUAGAUUUAACAGAUGAAUCUAAUGAUUUAAACAAUGGAGAGGGCAACGAAAUGGUAAAAAGUGCAACACCAGACAAAGCAAGUUCUGCCAACUCAGUAAAGCCCACCCCCAGUGAGGUGGAAAAUGUCGUUAAAAUACCAACGCGGCCCAAGUCCUCACUGAUAUACUCAUGUAUUAAAAACAGUCCUACCAGUGUGUCUAGUGCCUCAAACUCUUUGCUUAAAAAGAUUUCAGACUCUGCAGAUAGGGGGUUAAAAAGAAGUUUACUACAUACACAUGCUGAAGAAACAUCUGCAGCAAAACAGCGUCGCAUAUCGUUGGACAACUUUUUAAAUACAGAUGAUGAUAGCAAUGUAUCAGUCAGCAGUGGCAUGAAUACUCAUCCUACAGAGGCAGUUCCUACAAGUCUUCAAGAUCGACCUACAAGUGUAAUGUCUGCUUCUCUGUCUACUGGCUCAACUGAUGAUGUUAUGAUUAUGCUUAGCUCUGAUGAAGAUGUUGAUGUAUGUGAAAAUGACUACCCUUGUGAUGUAAUAUCAAAGAAAGAAAAUGCAGAGCUUGCUCUGGAAAAUGACCAUGACACCAUGUAUGCUAAUUGGGAAAAAUUGGUAAUGGAGGAAAAGCAACCAAAGCGUAAAGGACAUGGAAAGAGUAGAGAAAAGAAAACUGACAAGCUUGAGCAUCAUAACAAACUUGAACGUAUGAGAAGAUCCAAAUUAAGAGCUCUGUUUGAUGAACUUCAACAACAUGUAUUAAAAGAGAGUGGCCUCCCAGAAGAUCACGUCAUGUCCAAAGCAAACGUGUUGAUAGAAGCCAAAAAAGUAAUUAUGAACUUAAAUAAAAGUGUGAAGAAAGGAGAUCUUCAAGUAAAAGAAUACAAGAAAUUAAAUAAAGCUUUAACAGACAAGCUAGCCAGCUUAAAAGGUUGCUUGACAAAUGAAAAAGAAACAGCUAAAGACUUAGUGAAGGUAUCCCCAAUAAAGAAUCCUGAAUCUAGUGUCAUUGCUUCUAGCUCUGGUAUGGCUGACAAGCUGGAGUUAACAGCUUUAGAUGUUAUGAAAACUGAGAAAAUUGAUGAGGAUGACAAUAUAGAGGAUGAAUCAGAGUCAUUGAAACUUGUUUAUGAUGAUGAGGAUUCCCAUGUACCCAAAUUUAAUGAUAUAUCCCCAUAGGUAGUAGGUAGUUAAAAGAUGUAAAUAUAGAAUAUCUUCUUGUUGCACAUUUCUUGCAUCAUACGGCUGCUGAAUUUUGAUAUUUAAGGUACAGAAGUUUUUGAAAAGACUUAAAGCUAGGUUUUACCUCUACUGCUUCUCUCUGCAUUAACAGAACCUGUUUAAUUGUAACAUAUUGUAAAUAUAUAGAAAUCAAUUUGUCUUUCAAAUAAUAAAAUGAAGUAGGCAGCAUUUGUUGUUCAGCACAUUACAGUAGUAUGAUCACACUGUCACUUGUCAUUAACUAAGCAGCCUUACAUUUCUGUUUUGUUUUAAAAUCGCAAAUAAGUAAGGAAGAAAACAGCAGAGCUGAGUUUCAAUAAUUCUUGUUGAAUUGAAAUGUGCAUUUUAGUUGUAUAUCCUUGUAAAAUUGUAUUUUAAAAUGUUAAUAAAUAUAUAAAAAAUUUCAAUAAAAUCAUUGAUAUGUAAAGUAUUGUAUGCAAAUGUAUUUUAGCCACAUUGAAAUAGUGUAAUGACAAUGAAUUCUACAUAAAUAGAUGCAGUGUACAGAAAACCAUGGCUUGUAUAUGGCUAUUUAUUUAUUAUAAAGUUUGCUCUGUAACAUUUGCAUGUAAUGUAAUUCAGUGUUUAAAGUAAUGACUUGUAUUAUUUUAUUAGAAUGGUAAAACAAUGGCCAGUAUGUUACAGCAUAUAUAUUUUAAUUUAUUUAUAUUUUGUUACAAGUAAUUUUCAUUGUUUUGUUUAUCUGACCUCAAAGCUUCACGGUAAUGUAAAAGCUUUUCUAUAUGAAAAAUGCUUUGGCCUAAAGUUUUCAACCAGCAUCUUAUGUUUAGUUGUAAUACCACUUAGAUAUAUUACAAGCUCUGUAAAGGUGAAGGUUUUCUUUUAAAAAAACAAAGCUAGUGCUUGGUGUCUGUAUGAAUGAAGUGUUAAAUGGACUAAUUUAAUGAAUGCAAAAUAUACAUUUUAUCUCACUAGAUGAAACAAAGUUAAAAUAUAUGUUUGUUAUGUCUUAAUUACAUUUUUUUUAAUCACCACAGUGCGUAUGGCAUACAAUCUAAUGUCUUAUGCAAUGUUGUAGUACUUUGGUGUCACCUACCUUCAUCUUUCAGAACUGUUCAGACAUUGUAUGUUUGAAUCUUAUGCAAUAUUUAAUUACUAGAAUUUCAGAUAUUUACUAAUAUUAAAUCCCAAUCAAUUUGUUGUUUGUCACAUUCCGUUUCCCAAAUCACCAGUCAGAGUCGAGUUUGAAAAGAUGAAAUGUUCAUUUCUCAUACUGAAUUAAUUUUUCAUGUCAGAUUUCCAAAUGUUGAUCAUGAUGAAAUAACUAAGUGUUGUUCCAUUUCCAUUAGAUUGAUUUUAGACACAUUAUUCUUUCUUUAUUGUCAGAGCCUAGUUUUACAGGGAAGUCUUUUUUUUUUUAAUCAUUAAAUGAAAUCUUUGUUUACAGAGUUAAGUUUUUGUUUUUUCAGUGUAACAUUUUUCUUUUGUAAUAGCCCCUUAUUUAAAAGCAAUCUUGUUUUAUCAUUUACUUCUCAAACAUUUUGUUGUUUUAUAUUUGAAUCUUUGUGUGUUUUUUUUCUUUCUGUCAUUUCAAUAAACUUGUUUGAAAUGUGCUAAAAAUUUGAAUAAUCAUUUUGUCCCGAUUCAAGGGGUAUCUAUUUUUCCUUAAAUAAUUUUGAUAUUAAAAAUAAAUACAUGUUUUAAAAACAUGUCAAUUGUUCACAUUAUUUCUAAAUGAUGGCUAAAAUUAUGGUGGUUUUAUUCAUCUAUAUUCUGUGUAUUCAUCUUACGUAAGCACAGCUUUAGUAUCUGUAUGGAUAUUAAUAUGAAC